CAUGAAAGGUCGUAAAAAGAAGAAGCAAUCAAGGACUUGAAGGUAAUCUUAAAAGCAGUGGAAAACACUUUUAACUUCAUCAGCAGAGCCUCUCGGUCUCUAUUUAACGAUUCUUUUACUCACAGAGUAGCUUUGCCCCUUUCCCUCUUCUUCUUCUCUCUGGUUCUGUGCGCGUCUGUGUAUGCAGGCAUUAGGCGAUGUGAUAUGAUGGAGCACAAAGAAUCGAUCAGCAACACCACUCUUUCGCAUAACACCAUCAUCGACAAAAUCUUCUCUGAUUACUGCGACGGGAUUUUCGCCGAUGAUCCUGCUUUCCCCUUCAAGAACCGGGACAUUUUGAAUGACCUCUUAAGUUAUGGUGAACAAGCAGAAACCUUUUCGUGGUCGCAAAACCUUAAACCCAGACAAUCCAGUGUCUCAGCAGCAAUUGAUUCCCAGUCAUCAAUUUGUGUUGGCAGUCCAAUGUCGACUACGAAGCCUAAAGACAAAGCUAAUGUCACUACUAGAGGAUCCUCAAGGGAACUAUCAGAUAAUGAAGACCUAGAAAUAGAGGCAGGUCCUUGUGGACAGAGUACGGACCCAACUGAUUUGAGACGAAUUAGACGGAUGGUCUCAAACAAAGAGUCUGCUAGGAGAUCAAGAAGAAGAAAACAAGCCCAUCUGGCUGUUCUUGAAUUUCAGGUUGAGAAACUGAGAGGAGAAAACUCAUCUGUAUACAAGCAACUUACAGGUGCUACUCAACAGUAUCGCGAGGCUGACACUAGUAAUCGAGUCCUUGAAUCUGAUGUAGAAGCUUUGAGAGCAAAGGUGAAGUUAGCAGAAGACAUGGUUGCCAGAGGGUGUAAUUUGAGUCAACUAAUGCAAAACCGUUUAAAUCCCUCUAGCCUACUUAGUUGUCAGAGUCUACGUGGCCUGGCGAAUGUGUCACCCACAGUACUCACCGUGCAUGGAGAUGGUGCUUAUGCUGGAAUGACGGUUUCAGGGCAGAACUCACCUGUUGGACUUGUGAACGCUGAUAUUAAUAACAAUUGCAAUUUCAGGAGCAGAGUCAUGAGCGACUGUGGAAGCUGUGUAUCAGACGUUUGGCCUUGAGAAUGUGGUGGUCUCUAGCUGUUAAGUGUCCUGACGUGCAUUGUCUUAGCACGUGUUGCAUGUCUCGUGAUAGUCACGGGAGUCAUCAUUCUAGUUUUGUAGUACAGUAAUUAGUGAAGUAUGAAGACUUUGAUUGGUUUGGUGUUCCACACAUAUCAAUCGAUGUUGGGUUUGCCAGUGGACCAAACACUCUUCAGGAUUUUAUGAUCAGAGACGGAAAGAGAGAGAUUUAUAGACUCCUCUGAGGUAAAAAAAAAAAA